UGUGUCAGCUCAGACUGUCUGCUGCUGUCCGUCUGGUCCAAACUGUUCCUGGGCUUUUUUUGUAUCUUCAGGUUCCAGUUCUUCUUCUUCUGGAUUUUUCUCCAUGUUUGGGCUUUUAUCUUCUUUCUCUUGUUUUUGUUUCACGGUUUUUCCGAACUUUUCUUCAGUUUUUCGUCCGUGUGGAACUUUGGAUCAGAAUUUCGGAUUGUUUCACCAUUUUCCAGGAUUAUCCAGUUUGGUUCCGUAUUUUGAGAAUUUGGCUUCAGUUCAUUGCUGGACUUGAAUGGAAAUUGAGAGUUUUAACGUUGUGCAGAACAGAACCUCAGUCAGAACCUACAUCACCUCUCAUUGGAGCAGAAUGAAACCAACAUUCAGGGAUACCAAAAUGUUGGUUCUGCUCCUCCUUGUUCUGGACCUGCUCACUGGCAGGGCCGCUCCUCCGGUCCAAUCCUCCCUCCCAGACUCGCUUGUGAGCUACGACCUGCUGGAUGAGGAGCUGGGAGGCGGUCGGAGGCGGAGCGGGAACAGAACCGGCACCAGUACUGGCGGGAUAGGAGGCUGCGGACCGUGCGAUCCGGAGCUGUGCCCGGAUACCCGCGGUUGCCGGGCCGGACUGGUUCUGGACUCCUGCGGCUGCUGUCAAGAAUGCGGGAACCUGGAGGGCCAAGCCUGCGACCCGGGGACCCGGAGGGUGUUCUACGGCCUGUGUGGAACCGGGCUGCGGUGCCAGGCGGACCGGCGGCCCGCUGCAGGAGGUGGAGGAGAGGAUGAAGAGGAGGUCUGUGUGUGUGAGCAGCAGGAGGCGCUGUGCGGCAGCGACGGAACCACCUACACGAACAUCUGUCAACUCAGACAUGCCGCCUUUUCUGAGCCGGAGCUCCGAACCGCAGGAAGGGGUCCCUGCAGGACAGUCCCUGUGAUCAAGGUGCCUCCUCAGAACCAGGUGAAGGGGACCGGGAGCAGUCUGGUCUUCCUCUGUGAGGUCUUUGCAUUCCCUAUGGCUCUGGUGGAGUGGAGAAAAGAUGGAUGCGACGGGAUCCUACCUGGAGACGACCCUCACAUCUCUGUCCAGUCAAGGGGUGGUCCUCUGAAGUUUGAGCUCUCCAGUUGGCUGCAGAUCGAAGGGGCGGAGCCAGGUGACUCAGGAACCUAUCACUGCAUAGCUCGGAAUAAUCUGGGAUCAGUGUUUGCCUCCGCUGUACUGGGAGUACUGGGAGCAGAGGAGCUGUCGUCCUACCUGUCCAGCAGUGUGUCUGAGAUGAAGCACCUGAUGGAAGACUAUGAACAGGACUACCUCUGACAGCUGUGUGAUGUCAUUUCCUGUCAGCACCCUGCAGACACGAUGGGAGGCGGAGUCUAUUUUUCAGAUUAUUACAGACUGAACUCUGACCCGGAAACACUUCCUAUCUGGUUUCUGUGAGGUCUCACCUUCAUCCAGGUAAUUCCAACAUGUUCCAGCUUCGGAUCAGGAUUCGGAGGAAUUUUCCCGCCAUACUUCGUGCUGAACCAGAGCUGCUGAGUGUCAUUAGUUCUGGGUUGGUUAGAGAAAGAAGAAUCUGGAUCUCAGUGGGAGUUUGUAUCACCAGAUGAGAAACCAGCUAAUUUGUUAUCUGCAACCCUGUAAAACACAAUCCUCUGUUUUUACUAUUAUAAUAAACUACAGAAGUUUAAAUUCA